UCCUUAAAAGAAAUAUACAAAAGAAAAUAAAAAUGUCUCCUGUCCUUCUAUAUAGACUCAUACUACACUCUUCUUCUUCCCACUCCACUCUCAGAGUAAAUCCUUCUUCAACUGCAACUAUUUCUUCUCACUCUCUCUACUACGAUCGCAGAUCAGCCGAGUAUCACUUCUUCUCCGGUGAGUUCUCUCUUUCACUGCUUCUUUUUGUAUUCUCCUUUUUAUUCUUUAAUUUUGGUGUUUGUUUUUUCUUACUUUUUGGCUUCAUAUCAACUUAAAUUGAAGAUGACGAGCUCAGAAGACAUGGAAACACCAGGUUUCGGAUUUAAUCCGACGGAGGAACAGCUAGUCAACUAUUACUUACGCCAUAAGAUCUGUGGCAAUGAUGACAAAGUCUCUGCAAUUGCAGAUAUUGGUGGUAUCUGCAAUUACGAGCCGUGGGAGUUACCCAAGAAGGCGGCGAUACCAUCAAAGGAUACAUGGUAUUUCUUUUCUCGUCCAGAUCGCAAGUAUAAAAAGAGUGGAAACAAUAACAGGAUAACUAGGGCUGGUUACUGGAAAGUGACCGGCAAGCCACGGGAGAUCAAGAACAGAGCCAAGAACCAAGUCCUUGGUAUCAAGAGAAUUUUGGUUUUCUAUGAAGGUCGUGUGCGUGACCCACUCUGGACUCACUGGACCAUACACGAAUAUCAGCUGAAUCCCUCUUCUUCCAAUGGGAUGGAUUGUGUCAUCUCCCGCUUGCAUCGAAAAGCACCCAAAAGGACUCUCAAUUCAUCAGGUGAUGAAGGUGAACCAAGUCAUGACUCGACUUCUGAAGUUGAAAAUCCUGUUACAGAUUUCACAUUGCCUGAGAUAGACCCACAAUUUGAGGAAGAUUUCUGGAACUCUAACGAGCAGGGUGUCACCUCUCACCUCCCCCACAGCUCAGCUGCCAGAGUUGCACUAUAGCCAGGGCCCUUCUAAUGUUUAUCAUCAGCACACCAAUGGCGUUACUGAUGAUUAUAUUAUGUCAUUGUCUCAAUUUGGCUCCGGUUAUCAGCAAUACAACAACAUAGAGGCGGUGAAGUCGCAUCAGGUUAUCCAGGAUGCACAAUACCGCAGUGGAAGUAUGCACACUGCCAUUGAUGACUCCAGCCCAUCAGAGUCAUUGGGUAGUCUGCAUAUUGGGGAUAUCAAUGACACUGAAGCAGUCAAAGCAAUGGUAGAUGGAUGUUUUUGGGGGACGCACAUGAUGCAGGGGCUCUCUUAUGGGGAUCUUCAAAAAACCAAUUGUGUUGCUGAUGAAUAUAAUCUACCGUUGCCUCAAUUUAGCACUAGUGAGCAGCAAGACAUGAUCUCAGAGAUGGUGAGCUGUGAGCCUACCAUCCAGGGUAUAAACCUUUACCCUGGAAGUAUGAAAAUUGCCCCUAGUGACUCCAGCGCAUCAGAAUAUUCAGGAAGUCUGCCCGCUAAGGAUAUGAGUGACACCGAAGCAAUUGACGAAUUCAUCGCAAACUGCUUAGCAACAGCUCCUGGAGGCAGUAGUGAUUCUGAUUGGGCUCGGUGGUUUGAGCGUCCUUCUGCAUGUUUUUCCUACACAUGAAAAUAGAGAAAAAUAAGCAGAAACACGUAGGAAUCACCGAUGGAAAGCCCACCCUACAACAUAUGGAAUGUCUAUCAUGUGGCACGAUACUAUGUCCUUUAUGAGACAAGGAUGUGGGUGUAUCAUCAUCAUGGUUGUUUCCAUGCGAACCCGCCUUCUUGUCUCAUGGAUGACAUAUAUCGUGCGGCAUCAUAGCAUUCCCUUCAAUAAAGUGUGAUGCGUUUGAGAGUUAUCGGUUGUAAUGCGUUUGAGUGUGAUUAGUUUUAUUUAGGGUGUAGAGAUGUGGUCAGCCUUGUUGAAUGACUACUCUACUUGAACAGGAUGUGUUCUAUGUAAUUUCACUUCUCCAAUUGUGUGCUAUGUUUCUUGGUAUUUAUAAAGGAAGUUCCUCUUGUAUUGUACA